AUGGCGGCGGAUGGGCAGCGCGCGGAGCGAGGCUCGGGGGUGCUGGAGCUGCCCAGCGCUCCGCGUUUGGUGUGCGUGGAAUAUCCGGGGCUGGUGCGGGAUGUCGGCGCGAUGCUGCGGACUCUGGGAGGAGAGGAAGGGGUGUCGAGGAUCUACGCCGACCCCGGCAGAAGGUUGGAGCUGUAUUUCCGCCCCAAGGACCCCUACUGCCAUCCCGUGUGUGCCAACCGCUUCCCCGCCUCCGCCAUGCUGCUCAAGGUGAAGAGGAGGACCGGGAGGAAGCGGGUGGGCGCGGAGGAGCAGGACGUGCAGUUUGAAAUGGAAAUCAUGGGGAUCGUCACGACGGUUUACAAAUUUCAAGGAAUGUCAGAUUUCCAGUACCUCGCGAUGCAUUCUGGUCCUGAUGGCAAACAAACCUCCAUGUAUGACAAAGUCCUAAUGCUCAAGCCAGAGAAGGAAGAAUUUUUCAAUAGGGAAUUGCCUCUGUACAUCCCUCCCCCAAUUUUCUCACGACUGGACACUCCUGUUGACUAUUUCUAUCGGCCAGAUGUCCAACACCGGGAUGGCUACAACAAUCCCCAGGUGUCAGCUGAGAACCUCAUUGGCCUCAGCAGGGCCCGGCGCCCCAACAAUGCCAUCUUUGUGAACUUUGAUGAUGAAGUGCCAACCAAACCACUGGAUGCUGCUGCACAGGCCUGGAAGAAAGUGUGCACCAAUCCUGUGGAUAGGAAGGUGGAGGAAGAGCUGAGAAAACUCUUUGAGGUUCGUCCAGUCUGGUCUCGAAAUGCAGUUAAAGCAAAUAUCAGUGUCCACCCAGACAAGCUGAAACUUCUGUUGCCUUGUUUGGCCUAUUACAUGAUCACAGGUCCUUGGAGGAGCUUAUGGGUUAGGUUUGGGUAUGACCCUAGAAAACACCCUGAAGCAAAGAUUUAUCAAGUACUGGACUUCCGAAUUCGCUGUGGAAUGAAAUAUGGUUACACCCCCAAUGAUAUGCCAGUGAAAGCAAAACGCAGCACGUACAACUACAGCCUGCCCAUCACUGUCAAAAAGCCAGUAAGUCAUACAGUCAGUGUACACGAUCUGAAGCAGGGACUUGGUACUCCUGGUGCAUCUGGUGCAAAAAAGCCUCCCUCCAGCAGGUAUAAACUGAAGGAAUCGGUCUAUAUUUUCCGAGAAGGAGCCUUACCCCCUUAUCGCCAGAUGUUCUAUCAACUCUGUGACUUGAAUGUGGAAAGCCUACAAAAAAUCAUCCAUCGGAACGAUGGUACGGAGUCAGAAUGCACGGAGCGGGAUGGAUGGUGCCUUCCAAAGACUAGUGAUGAUCUGCGAGAUAGCAUGUCUCUGAUGAUAAAGCAGAUAAUCAGAUCCACAAGACCUGCUCUUUUCUCAAGUACAACAAGCAGUGAAGAUGGCAAAGAACAGCUGGCAUAUGAGUCUGCAGAGGAUGAGGACGAUGAAGAGGAGGAGGAAGAAGAAGACUUCAAGCCUUCUGAUGGAAGUGAAAAUGAGAUGGAAACAGAAAUCCUAGACUACGUGUGAACUCAGUGAAUAGUCUCACUGCUGUUGGACAGAAUUUUCUUGGCUCCUGUUCCUUCAGUGCUGAUGUUUCAGCAACUAUACACAGGGUGUCUGAGAGCAGAACUUGCACUAAGUUGCUCACUACCUGUCUGCACUGACUGUGGUGCCUGCUGAUAGCUGUCAUUUUGGAUGUUCAGGCACCGUGGCCCACACAGCGUCUGGGUGAGGUGCUAUGAAAUGUGGUUUAGUAGCUUGUGGCAGUAAUGGUGAUGGGAGGACAGUUGGACUACAUGAUCCUUUUCAACUUUGUGUUUCUAUGAUUCUAUUUUUAUAAUUGUUGGAUAAUAAGCCUUCAGAAUAUUGCCACUAUGGAGAUAACAGGUUUUUUGCCAGGCUUCAACUGGUAUUUACUGUAGCAGCUCAACGGUCUCUCAAGAAAAGAGAACUGAAACCAGCUGGCAAUACACCUUGGAAUAGGAGAAACUAUGCUCCCAGAUCUCUGUAGGAAAUAUUGUCUGGGUUGAUGGCCAUAUGGAAAAUAGAAAAAUGGUUUGAAGAGGUUAUCAUUCAGUUAUAGAAAUUAAAGAACUGCUGGCAUGUUCUAA